UGGUGUGUGUGCUGAUGGUUGCCUGGAGCCUCGGAAGUGGCGCCCAGACAGUCAACCAGCCAACAGUGGACAUGCAUGUAGUGAAGAGCAAUGUCGUGAUGCUGGACUGUAGUUACGAAGGCACCAGUGCUACCAGCUAUAUCUUCUGGUACAAAAAGAAUGGCCAGGCGGCACCAGAGUUCAUCUUGAGCCGCUUUGUGAGCGGUCAGGAAAAGACGGUGAGCAGCUUUGACAAGAGGUUCAGCUGCAGCAUGAACGCCAGUGCCCAGCGAGCUCCUCUGGUGAUCGAAGACGUGCAGCUGAACGACUCCGCCAUCUUCUACUGCGCCCGUGGUGGAGUCAACAAGAUCUACUUUGGUGGCGGGACCAGCUUGACGGUUGAAAGCAAGGAGGACUGGGAGCCAUCGUUCUACAAAUUGGACAAAUUGGAGGGUAACGUGACGGCUUGCCUCGCCACUGGCUUCAGCAGACAAAACGCCAUGGAGACGGCAGGAAAAGGAGACGCGUUCCAGGGAUCGCAUGCUGUGCGGAUAUUGGGUGACUCGCUGUACAAUCAGGUGACACUGCUCUCGGCUGAGCACGGCGACUCAUGUGAGAAAGGUGACAGUGGACCGGGGUGGUGUCAGGACGCCUUGGCGCCAGACGAGAAGGUCAACCUGGUCUCUCUCACGGUCCUCGUCCUCCGUCUUGUCUUCGCCAAGACGCUCGCCAUCAACGGCGUCAUGACGCUGCGCCUGUGGCUCGCUGUACCCCAGUAGGCCUCCAUGCGCCACGACCAUCACCUCCCCUUUCUGAAAGGAGCGGCUGUGUAUGUGUGUAUGUGUAUGUGGUGUUGCUU